AUGCCACUGCCAGUACAUGCGGACCAAGCAGUCCCAGUCUAUGGAAACUAUCAUGGAUAUUACUCCAAGCGUCCCUUCAUCCAAGAUCCACGAUUGGCUUUGCUCCCCGCUGAAUUCUUCGUGGGUAAGCGAGUUCUGGAUGUUGGAUGCAAUGAAGGCUGGGUGACUUGUGAAAUAGGACAGUCCAGGGGAGCGCGUCAGGUCGUUGGAGUUGAUAUCGACGAUACUCUUAUCAGGGCCGCCUGGAAGAGAAGGCGCACUGUCUGGAGUCUUCAGUCUCCCGAAUGUGGACAUCUCCGUGAGGAAAGUUGCCCUCCGCCCAAACGACAACGAGUCCUCGGUGAUGCGCCCACUACGGACCAUAGUGCUCACAAUUAUUUCCCUGCAUCGUGCGAACAUAGCUAUGGUUCUUUGCCCAUCCCAAAUAGAGGUUGCGGUGCUUUCCCGCACAAUGUCACCUUCCGAACAGUUGACUGGGUUAAGGAUGAGAUACCGGAUGAUCCCAAUCAAUACGACAUUGUUUUAGGGUUCUCUAUCUCGAAAUGGAUUCAUCUAAAUAAUAAGGACGAAGGGCUGAAGGAAUUUUUCUACCGAGUUCACCAAUGUCUAAAAAUGGGGGGUAUUUUCGUCCUUGAGCCACAACCCUGGGACACUUACUCAAAGGCUCGAAGGAUGAGCGAGACUCUCAAAGAGAACGCAAAAUAUUUACAACUCCGUCCAGAUGGCUUUGGGGAACUACUUCAGGAGCUCGGAUUUAGUCACGGUCAGCGCCUGGGAGUAACUGGCAAAGGCGGUUUCCGUCGCCCUGUUGAUGUCUACUUGAAGCAGCGAUAA